GUCGUCUCGAGCCGGCGCGCCCAAUCGACCAUCGAUGGAAGACGAGGCGGAGCUCAACGCAGCGCCGCAGCUCGAGUGGGCCAAGGUGCUUUGCACGGGCGAUGGCCCGUCCAAGCGCAGUGGCCACUCGCUCACGAUCGUCGGCUCGAACGGAUUUCUCUUUGGCGGCUGCGACUACGCCGAUCCGCCAGGACCGACCAACGACCUCUACCAAAUGCGCAUCAACACCAACGGUACGUGCGACUGGAGCCGCGUCCUCUUCCGGAAAGGUCCGGCCGCGCGCUGGAAGCACAGCGCGACGAACGUCGACAAUAAGAUCUUUGUGUUUGGCGGCUUCCACUCGGCGACGUCGCGCUUCCAGGACCUUUGGGUCUUCAACCCGAUCACUAUGGAGUGGAGUCAGCCCGUGCCGCAAGCGUCACCGCGCAAUGCCAAGCCAACGCCGGUCUCGUUCGGGUGGCCCAACUGCCCGCCACCCCGCGGCGGGCACUCGGCCUGUCUGAUGGACCGCGACAUUUACAUCUUUGGCGGGUACGGCGGCCAGGGUUACAGUCGGCGCGACUUUGAUGACCUCUAUGCGCUCAACGUCGACGAAAUGAGCUGGGUCAAGAUUACGGUCAAAGGCAAGAUUCCUGAGAAGCGGUCGGGGCACCAAGCGUGCGCGGUGGACACCAAGAUGUUUGUGUUUGGCGGCUGGAAUUGCUCGCAGCAGUUCAACGAUUUGUUCAUUUUCGACACGGAAACGUCAUCGUGGAGCAGCGUCGACGGCAGCCACAUGGCACACACGUCGCCGCGCUGGAACCACGCAUCGUGCGCGGUGCUGGCGAUCCCAAACGCCAAGAUCUUUUGUUUUGGCGGCGUUCUCGGCAUGGCCAACGAGUACGGUGCGCCGGGCGCAUUUGCCAACGACAUUUGCGUCCUCGACUCAGGCACGUUGCAGUGGCACGUGCCGGCCAUCUCGGGCGCCCCGCCCGCGCCCCGCUCCGAUACGACACUUGCCUACGAUGACAAGGGCAGCCGCCUCUUGAUUUGCGGCGGGUGGGCCAACGCGUGGCUCAACGACGUGUUUGCCCUCGACGUGAGCUGCGUCGUCGGACCACCGUACGCGAUCACGGGGCUCUUCCCGACCUUUGGCGCCAUUACGGGCGGCACGCUCUUGACGAUCGAAGGCAUUGACUUUGUGUCGCGGCCCGUCAUCGUGCGCUUCGCGUGCCGAAAAGGGACGUUGGACGUUGCGGGAACGUUCGUGAGCGAAGAAAUGCUCACCGUCAUCACACCCGACUACUCGGGGUUUCCCCCCGGCGACGUCCAAAUCCGCGUCGCGCUCCAAGGCGACUCGUUCACAACGACGAGCCAAACCUUCAACUUCUUCGCCGUCACGUCGGCCGCGACCUCCAUGCGACGCUGCUGGCAACGCCCGAACGCGCGGGGCGAUGCCUUUGGGAUCACUGUGCGCUGCCUCGCCGACGACCGCGACAUUCCCGUCGAAGUGGCCGACCUCGAGAACGGCAUGUACAUGGUCACGUACAUUGCGCCGACGCGGGGCGAGUAUGAGAUUGUCGUCGAGUUCCUCGGUACGUUUGGCGGUACUGCAGGGGUUCUCUACGGUUUCCCUCUGGUCGUCACCUUUGAAGACAAUGUCGCCCGCGAUGGCAACCGCAUGAACGGAAAGCUCCUUCUGGACAACGUGGCCAUGGAGAUGGCGUCGCUUACUGCGAUGAUGGCCGAGUGCGGCCGGGGGCUCCAGAUCGAGCUCACGGGGUCGCUCUCGUCGGCCGAAGACACGCCUGCGCUAAUUCAGCUCAAGGAGCAGCUCUUCAUGAUCGAGAAGCGAGGCACCGAGACGCUUCAUCGCCUUGCCAAGGUUCGGAGCAUGCUCGCGUAUCUGGGGACCACCAUCGAUGUCGAGCGCGACAAGGCGUCGCUCCGGGAGCUGGAGCAAACGUGGUCGGACUUGCUUCUUAAAGUGCCCAUGGUCGCGGGCAAGAUUGCGCCGCGCCUGCAAGCCCAGGCGUCGCGCACGAAAAGCGACAUUCAAGCGUACCAUACGACCGUGCUCGCGUACCACGAGCGGUUCAAGGCACUGCCCAUCUGGCUCUUUGAGACUGGCGUCAAAAGCGCGUUACGGCAACUGGACGAGGCGGCGAUCUGUCAUCGUGACGAAGACGCGAAUUUUUUGCAGAUGCGGCACAUCGCCGAGAUUUUCGAGUGCCUCCUGCUCAUGGAGCCGUCCGAGCGCGUCAUGCAUUCGAUCACGCGCUGCUUGGAUCGACUGCGCGCGGUGUGGCACUGCGUCGACGACGUCGGCCGCAAACUGUCGUUUGUGCGGGACCUUCUCUGGGCCGACUUGGACGGCGGCAUGCUUGAGGACGAAGCGCGGAGUCUCAUGGCCAGCGUUAAAGGUGUCGGAAAGGACCGCGAUAUCAAGGAAAGCAGCGUCUAUUUGGGGCUCGAAGCCAUGACGCGUGGCUUCUUGCUGAGCUGUCCGCUCUAUCAAGCGCUUCGACACCCGUCCAUGCAAGCGCGGCACUGGCAAGAACUCAUGGGCUUGCUCCAAACGACGUUUCCAAAUCCGAUCGAGUCGCUCGACCUGAAAUUUGGCGACCUCAUGCGUCUCUCGCUCGCCGAGCACAGCAAGGACAUUGAAGACCUCACCGACCGCGCGCAAAAAGAGCGGCGGAUCGAGGUCGCUCUGGCGGAAAUCGAAGGCCGCUGGGAUACGAUCGCGUUUGAUGUAUCCACGUACGACGAAACGAGCGUGCCCCUUCUCCGCGUCCGCGACGAAGACAUUGAAAUCUUGGAGGCCGAUCAAGUCGCCGUGCAAGCCAUGCUCAGUGGUCGCGUGGCGUUCUUCCAAGCCGCGAGCCAAGUGUGGGCCGACAAACUCAGCACGAUUGCCGAUGUCACGGCCGCGCUGAGCGAAAUCCAGCGCACAUGGGCGUAUCUGGAGCCGCUCUUCAUUCGGUCGGAAGAAGUCAAGCGCGAGCUGCCACGAGAUGCCGAGCAGUUUGCCACUGUCGACGGGGCCGUCAAGACGGUCCUCCAUGCGAUGGCCGAUGUGCGUCUCGUGUUGCGAGCGUGCACGGACCACCCGAACCAGAUCCAGGAGCUCCAAGCGCUCUUUUCGACGCUCCAGACAUGCCAGACGUCACUGAUCGAGUUUUUGGAAGGGAAGCGCCGGCUGUUCCCGCGCUUUUACUUUACGUCGGAAGCCGACUUGCUCGACAUCCUCUCGAACGGCAGCCGCCCCGAGCUCAUCAUGAAGCACCUCAACAAGGUCUUCCUCGCGACCGAGAGCUUUGUAUUGGAGCACUCGAAAGUCGUCGUCCAGUUUGUCGCGAGCGUCGGCAAGGAGGUCGUGCGCCUUCUUCCGCCGCUGUCGCUCGCGGGCAAAGUCGAGGCGUACUUGACGGAUGCGCAUGUGGCCAUGCAGCAGACGCUCCUCACGAGCAUCAAGAGCUCGGUGAAGCGGUACCCGACGCUCAACCGCGUCGAGUGGCUCUCGGCGCGGACGCCCGAAGCUGCGUUCCUUGACCCAGCGCAGGUGGUCCUCUUGGUGGCCGGCAUCGAGUACGUCAAGCACGUCGAAGGGGCCUUUAGCGCCAUCGCCAAAGGCCAUGAAAACGCUCUGGGCGAGCUCUUUGAAGUCGUUUCGAUCCAGCUUCAAGAGCUCAUCAAAUUGACGCGAACACUGCUGAGCGACGAGGCGCGGAUGCGCAUCAUGUGCCUCAUCACGCUCGAUGCGCAUGGCCGGGACAUUCUGCUAUCCAUGGUGUCCCAGCACAUCAGCUCGGCCGCGUCGUUUGUCUGGCAAGCCCAGCUCAAGCCCCGGCUUGUCCUGGAGGCGACACCGGCACUCGAUAUUUGCGAUGCCAGCUUCGAAUAUGGCCUCGAGUACCUCGGCAAUGGUCCUCGCCUCGUCAUUACGCCGUUGACAGACCGCAUGUAUGUGACGGCGACCCAAGCUCUGCAUUUGCACAUGGGCUGUGCGCCGGCGGGCCCCGCAGGCACGGGCAAGACCGAGACAACGAAAGAUCUUGCCAGUGCGCUUGGGAAAGCGUGCUAUGUCUUCAACUGCUCGCCAGAAAUGGACUAUAAGAGCCUCGGCAACAUUUUCAAAGGACUGGCGUCCAGCGGCGCGUGGGGCUGCUUUGACGAGUUCAACCGCCUCAUACCCGAAGUGCUCAGUGUCUGUUGUGUGCAAUUCAAGGCCGUGUGCGACGGGAUCCGAAGCGGCGCGGCCUCGAUUGUGCUCGAAGGCGACAGUGUUGGCUUGGACCCGACGUGCGGCACCUUUAUCACGAUGAACCCGGGGUAUCUUGGGCGAUCUGAGCUCCCGGAAGGUCUCAAAGCCCUCUUCCGCCCCAUCACGGUCAUGAUGCCGGACCUGCUCCUGAUUUGCGAAAACAUGCUCAUGGCCCAAGGGUUUACGCAAGCCAAGACGCUCGCGUCCAAAUUUUACAACCUCUACCAGCUCUGCAAAGAGCUCCUCUCGCAACAAGAGCAUUACGACUGGGGGCUCCGCGCGAUCAAGUCGAUUUUGAUGGUCACGGGCGCACUCAAGCGCAGCGAGCCGACGCUCGGCGAGUCGCAGCUUCUCUUGCGCGCGUUGCGGGACUUUAACGUGCCCAAGCUGGUCCUGGCCGACGAGCCCAUCUUCCAUGGUCUCCUCAACGAUCUCUUUCCCGAAGAGCACCCCCCACGGUACAGUGCUAUUCAAGUCCACGGACGCCAACCUCGAAAACACAUUGAAGCGUCGUGUGAAGCGCUUGGCCUCUGGCCCGAAGCCAGCUUUCGCCUUAAAGUCGUGCAGCUCGAUGAGCUACUGGCCCUGCGUCACUGCGUGUUUGUGAUUGGCCCUGCUGGCUCCGGCAAGUCCGAGUGCAUCACGACCUUGCAGCAUGCCGGCGGACUCCGGGGCACCAAAGUCAAGAUGGUCGACUUGAACCCAAAGGUGGUCUCAACCGACGAGCUCUAUGGUUUCAUGCACGUCUCGACGCGCGAGUGGCGAGACGGUCUUCUCUCCAAGCUCAUGCGCGACUUGGCCAACGAUGACGGCGACUACUGGAAGUGGCUCGUCCUCGACGGCGAUCUCGACGCGAACUGGAUCGAGUCCAUGAACAGUGUUAUGGACGACAACAAGAUGCUCACGCUCGCGUCCAACGAACGCAUUCCGCUGAAAAAGUACAUGCGACUUCUUUUUGAGAUCAAGGACCUGACGUACGCGACGCCGGCGACCGUGUCCCGCGCCGGCAUUCUGUACCUCGCUGCCGACGACGGCAUGCAGUACCGGUCGUUUAUCGCGAGCUGGCUCAACGACGCGUCGCCCGAGGUCGACGUCCGCAGUCGCCUCGGCGAAGUCGUGCUCAAGUACGUCGAGCCAUGCGUCGCCUACUGCAAGCGGUUGCCGUCCAUCGUGCCGCGACCCGACCUCGUCGCAGUGCAAGCACUCCUCUACUUUCUCGAUGCGACCCUUGAUGCGAGUGUGGUCGCCGAGACCAAGCGCAUUGAGAUUGUCUGUGCGUUUGCGUCGAUUUGGGCGUUCGGAGGACCGCUCACGACAACCGCCGACGACGGCACCGACAGUCGUAAGCUCUUUAGCGACUGGUGGCGCGCCGAAUUCAAGAGCAUCAAGGUGCCGAUUCGGGACACGGUCUUUGACUAUUUUUUGAAUCCUCAAACCCUUGUGUUUGAGAGCUGGAAGACCUGUGCGUGGUACACGCCGUCGGUCAAGUACGACGCCAGCGUGCCCAUGUCGGAGCUCACGGUGCCCACCCCCGAGACGGCCAGCGUCCUCUUUUGGAGCGACAAGAUGGUGAGCGAGUCGCAUGGCGUCAUGCUCGCGGGCGGCGCCGGCACGGGCAAGACCCGGCUGCUCCUUGGGUACCUCGAAGCAAGCGCGGGCUUGACCAACCGCGACGGGAAAGGGUACCACUCGAGCCGAGUGACGUUCAACUAUUACACGAGCGCACCGACGCUCCAGAGCAUGCUGGAAGCCAAGCUCGUCAAGCGCAUGGGCUCGACGUAUGGCCCGAUCACGGCGGGCGCGCAGUGGAUCUUCUUCCUCGACGAUGUCAACCUGCCAUUAGUGGACGCAUACAACACGCAGAGCGCGCUCGCCUUGCUUCGGCAGCUGCUCGACUAUGAGCACUGGUACGACCGCAGCAAGUUUAGUCUCAAGCACCUCGUCGACUGCCAGUUUGUCGCGUGCAUGAACCCGAGUGCUGGCUCGUUCCUGAUCAACCCGCGGCUCCAGCGUCAUUUUGUGACGUUUGCGAUCGCGCUCCCGAGCCCAACCAACCUCGUGACGAUCUACCAGACGUUCUUGGACGGCCAUCUGGCGGAUUUUACCGACGACAUCAAACGACUCGCGGGCACCCUUCUCAAAGCGGCGCUGGCAUUGCACAGCCAAGUGGCCGCAACCUUUCGCAAGACGGCCGCCAACUUUCAUUACGAGUUUAAUUUACGCCAUAUUUCGAACGUCUUUGCGGGGCUGCUGCUCUCGAAACCUGCCGCCUUUGAGUCGGCCCGGGUCUACGCCGAUCGGCUCGUGUCGGUCGCCGAUCUCACCAAGUACAAUGCGAUGGUUCAAACCCACGCGAAAAAGUCUUUUCCGUCGGUCUCGUUCCAGCGCUUCUUUGCUCCCGAGCACGCAGACCCGAUCCUCUUCGGCUCGCUCAACGGCCCUGAGAGCGACUACGACCAGAUCACGACGUACACGGAGCUCAAGCAAAAGGCCGAAGACGCACUGACCGAGUACAACGCGCUCUUGCCCAAGAUGGACCUCGUCCUCUUCAAAGACGCCCUCGAGCACGUGGCCCGCAUCGUUCGCAUGCUGACGACGGGUCAUGCGCUGCUUGUCGGCGUUGGCGGCAGCGGCCGCAAGUCGCUCGCCCGCCUUGGCGCGCAUUUGGCGUCCUACAUAACAAUCGACAUCACGCUCACCCAGAGCUACAGUCUUCUCGACUUCAAAACCGAUCUGCAAGCGCUUUUCGCCCGCGCGGGGCUUAAAGGGGACAAGGUCGUAUUUCUUUUGAGCGACGCCGACAUCAAGCACGACCGUAUGCUUGUGGCCAUCAACGAUCUGCUCUCGUCCGGAACCAUCCCGGAUCUCUACUCGGCCGAGGAACAAGACGCGGUCGUGAGCCAAGUCGCCGCCAAGUUCAAAGGCGACAAGGAUGCAAGUUGGGCGUACUUUCUCGAUCAAAUCAAGCGCAACGUGCACUGCGUGCUCUGCUUCUCGCCGGUCGACGGGCGUCUACGGCAGUGGGCGCGGCGGUUCCCCGCGCUCGUCAACUGCACAGGUAUCGACUGGUUCCAGCCAUGGCCGGCCGAUGCCCUCCACAGCGUCGCAGAAAAGUCUCUCGGCGCCACGACACUCCACGGUGAAAAGCUGGCGGCCGUCGAGGCGUUCAUGCCCCAUGCCUUUGCCUCGGUGAAUACGGUCGCGAUCGCGUUCAAGAACGACGAGCACCGCAAUGUGUACACGACACCCAAGACGUACCUCGAGUGUCUCGCCUUCUUCAAUGCGCUCCUGAGUUGCAAGCAGCGCGAAAAAUCGACGGAUAUCUUUCGACUGCAGUCGGGUCUCGACAAGAUGGAAGCCACGUCCCAUGUCGUCGCCAACAUUGAAGACGAGCUCAAGAUCAUGCUCACCGAGGCCAUGGAGAAGAAGGUGGUUGCAGAAGAAAUGGCUACCGCGGUCGCCGCCGACAAAAUUGUGGUCGAGACUGAGACGCAAAGGGCCAACGUGGAAGCUGCCAAGUGCCAAGCGAUGCACGAUGAGAUGUCGGUCAAGAAGGCCGACACGGAAAAGACCUCGAGGCCGCGCUGCCCAUGGUACUUGACAUUCAAAAACAUUUAA